CUGGGGGAAAGAGGCAGUGGAACACAUACUCGAGACGUUCAAGAUUUCAAUACUUUACGUAACUAUUGCUUGGAAAAUGGAAUGCUUUUUGAGGACCCUGAGUUUCCAGCAAUUGAUACUUCGCUGCAAUUUUCUAGACGAAUGGAUCGUCAUGUGGAAUGGUUAAGACCGCAUGAAAUCGCUGAAAAUCCACAAUUUUUUGUGGAAGGCUAUUCUCGAUUUGAUGUACAACAAGGCGAAUUAGGUGAUUGUUGGUUGUUAGCUGCGACCGCUACAUUAACACAGGAUCCGAAAAUGUUCUUCCGGGUCGUACCGGAUGACCAAAGUUUUGAUGAAAACUAUGCUGGUAUAUUCCAUUUCAGACAUGAGUUUCUAAUGAGAAUACUGAGGCAGGCCUCCAUUCUUCAUACUGAUUAACUGAUAGCUCUUUUCACCUCAGCGUUUAUGGUGAAAAGUAGUUACGAAUUCGGCCGUAUCUGUCAUUGCAUUUAUUCGUUGGCGCUAGUGUAAUGUCACAAACCUUUCACUGUUUUCUCGACUUUGUAAGGAUUUUUGUUAAUGCAAUUGGGGUAUGGCCUAUGUUCUUUCACACAUUUGACUAUGAACGUAAUAAAUUUAAAAUCUCAAGAAAAAAUUCCAUUUUCCAUAAUUUGAUAUUAUGAUAUAAAUUAUAAAAAGACUUUGUGAAGGGCUGUCAUCUCGAGAAAUUUCAAUGAUAUCAACGUAAGUUAAUUUUCAUCAAUUUUUAACUACUGUAGCGCCCGCAACUACGCCAGGAAAAUGACGUUUUUUCAAUUUUCUGCGAUUUUUAAUGUUUUUUACAACUUUUAAGGGUCAUAUCUCGA